CAGCGCGGAGCCCCGCCCCGCAGGCUGCCGGGGGCCCACCGCCGCCCAGGCAAGGCCGCCCUGCCUUGGGCGCAGCGCUGCCAUGGCUGGGGGCCGUGGGGCCCCCGGGCGCGGUCCGGACGAGCCUCCGGAGAGCUACCCGCAACGACAGGACCACGAGCUACAGGCCCUGGAGGCCAUCUACGGCGCGGACUUUCAAGACCUGCGGCCGGACGCUUGCGGACCGGUCAAAGAGCCCCCUGAAAUCAAUUUAGUUUUGUACCCUCAAGGCCUAACUGGUGAAGAAGUAUAUGUAAAAGUGGAUUUGAGGGUUAAAUGCCCACCUACCUAUCCAGAUGUAGUUCCUGAAAUAGAGUUAAAAAAUGCCAAAGGUCUAUCAAAUGAAAGUGUCAAUUUAUUAAAAUCUCGCCUAGAAGAACUGGCCAAGAAACACUGUGGGGAGGUGAUGAUCUUUGAACUGGCUUACCACGUGCAGUCAUUUCUCAGCGAGCAUAACAAGCCCCCUCCCAAGUCUUUUCAUGAAGAAAUGCUGGAAAGGCAGGCUCAGGAGGAGCAGCAGAGGCUGUUGGAGGCCAAGCGGAAAGAAGAGCAGGAGCAACGUGAAAUCCUGCAUGAGAUUCAGAGAAGGAAAGAAGAGAUAAAAGAAGAGAAAAAAAGGAAAGAAAUGGCUAAGCAGGAACGUUUGGAAAUUGCUAGUUUGUCAAACCAAGAUCAUACCUCUAAGAAGGACCCAGGAGCACACAGAACAGCUGCUAUUCUACAUGGAGGCUCUCCUGACUUUGUAGGAAAUGGUAAACAUCGGGCAAACUCCUCAGGAAGGUCUAGGCGAGAACGUCAGUAUUCUGCAUGUAAUAGUGAAGAUUCUCCUGGCUCUUGUGAAAUUCUGUAUUUCAAUAUGGGGAGUGCUGAUCAGCUCAUGGUGCACAAAGGGAAAUGUAUUGGCAGUGAUGAACAACUUGGAAAAUUGGUCUACAAUGCUUUGGAAACAGCCACUGGUGGCUUUGUCUUGUUGUAUGAGUGGGUCCUUCAGUGGCAGAAAAAAAUGGGUCCAUUCCUUACCAGUCAAGAAAAAGAGAAGAUUGAUAAGUGCAAAAAGCAGAUUCAAGGAACAGAAACAGAAUUCAACUCACUGGUAAAAUUGAGCCAUCCAAACAUAGUACGCUACCUUGCAAUGAAUCUCAAAGAGCAAGAUGACUCCAUAGUGGUGGACAUUUUAGUGGAGCACAUUAGUGGGGUCUCUCUUGCUGCACACCUGAGCCACUCAGGCCCCAUCCCUUUGCAUCAGCUUCGCAGGUACACAGCUCAGCUCCUGUCGGGCCUUGAUUAUCUGCACAGCAAUUCUGUGGUGCAUAAGGUCCUAAGUGCAUCUAAUGUCUUGGUGGAUGCAGAAGGCACUGUCAAGAUUACGGACUAUAGCAUUUCUAAGCGCCUCACAGACAUUUGCAAGGAGGAUGUGUUUGAGCAAACCCGAGUUCGUUUUAGUGACAAUGCUCUGCCUUAUAAAACGGGGAAGAAAGGAGAUGUUUGGCGUCUUGGCCUUCUGCUGCUGUCCCUCAGCCAAGGACAGGAAUGUGGAGAGUACCCUGUGACCAUCCCUAGUGACUUACCAGCUGACUUUCAAGAUUUUCUAAAGAAAUGUGUGUGCUUGGAUGACAAGGAAAGAUGGAGUCCCCAGCAGUUGUUAAAACACAGCUUUAUAAAUCCCCAGCCAAAAAUGCCUCUAGUGGAACAAAGUCCUGAAGAUUCUGGAGGACAAGAUUGUGUUGAGACUGUUAUUCCUAGCAACCGGCUACCCAGUGCUGCCUUCUUUAGUGAGACACAGAGACAGUUUUCCCGAUACUUCAUUGAGUUUGAAGAAUUACAGCUUCUUGGUAAAGGAGCUUUUGGAGCUGUUAUCAAGGUGCAGAACAAGUUGGACGGCUGCUGCUACGCAGUGAAGCGCAUCCCCAUCAACCCGGCCAGCCGGCAGUUCCGCAGGAUCAAGGGCGAGGUGACACUGCUGUCACGGCUGCACCAUGAGAACAUUGUGCGCUACUACAACGCCUGGAUCGAGCGGCAUGAGCGGCCGGCGGGACCGGGGACGCCGCCCCCGGCCUCCGGGACCCUGGCCAAGGAUGACCGAGCUGCACGCGGGCAGCCGGCGAGCAACACAGACGGCCUGGACAGCGUAGAAGCCGCCGCGCCGCCACCCAUCCUCAGCAGCUCGGUGGAGUGGAGCACUUCGGGCGAGCGCUCGGCCAGUGCCCGCUUCCCCGCCACCGGCCCGGGCUCCAGCGAUGAUGAGGACGACGACGAGGACGAGCACGGUGGCGUCUUCUCCCAGUCCUUCCUGCCUGCUUCAGAUUCUGAAAGUGAUAUUAUCUUUGACAAUGAAGAUGAGAACAGUAAAAGUCAGAAUCAGGAUGAAGACUGCAAUGAAAAGAAUGGCUGCCAUGAAAGUGAGCCAUCAGUGACAACCGAGGCUGUGCACUACCUAUACAUCCAGAUGGAGUACUGUGAGAAGAGCACUUUACGAGACACUAUUGACCAGGGACUGUAUCGAGAUACCGUCAGACUCUGGAGGCUUUUUCGAGAGAUUCUGGAUGGAUUAGCUUAUAUCCAUGAGAAAGGAAUGAUUCACCGGGAUUUGAAGCCUGUCAACAUUUUUUUGGAUUCUGAUGACCAUGUGAAAAUAGGUGAUUUUGGUUUGGCGACAGACCAUCUAGCCUUUUCUGCUGACAGCAAACAAGACGAUCAGACAGGAGACUUGAUUAAGUCAGACCCUUCAGGUCACUUAACUGGGAUGGUUGGCACUGCUCUCUAUGUAAGCCCAGAGGUCCAAGGAAGCACCAAAUCUGCAUACAACCAGAAAGUGGACCUCUUCAGCCUGGGAAUUAUCUUCUUUGAGAUGUCCUAUCACCCUAUGGUCACGGCUUCAGAAAGGAUCUUUGUUCUCAACCAACUCAGAGAUCCCACUUCGCCUAAGUUUCCAGAAGACUUUGAUGAUGGAGAGCAUGCAAAGCAGAAAUCAGUCAUCUCCUGGAUGUUGAACCACGAUCCAGCAAAACGGCCCACAGCCACAGAACUGCUCAAGAGUGAGCUGCUGCCCCCGCCCCAGAUGGAGGAGUCAGAGCUGCAUGAAGUGCUGCACCACACGCUGACCAACGUGGAUGGGAAGGCCUACCGCACCAUGAUGGCCCAGAUCUUCUCCCAGCGCAUCUCCCCUGCCAUCGAUUACACCUAUGACAGCGACAUACUGAAGGGCAACUUCUCAAUCCGUACAGCCAAGAUGCAGCAGCACGUGUGUGAAACCAUCAUCCGUAUCUUUAAAAGACACGGAGCUGUUCAGUUGUGUACCCCACUACUGCUUCCCCGAAACAGACAAAUAUAUGAGCACAACGAAGCUGCCCUAUUCAUGGACCACAGUGGGAUGCUGGUGAUGCUUCCUUUUGACCUGCGGAUCCCUUUUGCAAGAUAUGUGGCAAGAAAUAAUAUAUUGAAUUUAAAACGAUACUGCAUAGAACGUGUGUUCAGGCCGCGCAAGUUAGAUCGAUUUCAUCCCAAAGAACUUCUGGAGUGUGCAUUUGAUAUUGUCACUUCUACCACCAACAGCUUUCUGCCCACUGCUGAAAUUAUCUACACUAUCUAUGAAAUCAUCCAAGAGUUUCCAGCACUUCAGGAAAGAAAUUACAGUAUUUAUUUGAACCAUACCAUGUUAUUGAAAGCAAUACUCUUACACUGUGGGAUCCCAGAAGAUAAACUCAGUCAAGUCUACAUUAUUCUGUAUGAUGCUAUGACAGAGAAGCUGACGAGGAGAGAAGUGGAAGCUAAAUUUUGUAAUCUGUCUUUGUCUUCUAAUAGUCUGUGUCGACUCUACAAGUUUAUUGAACAGAAGGGAGAUUUGCAAGAUCUAAUGCCAACAAUAAAUUCAUUAAUAAAACAGAAAACAGGUAUUGCGCAGUUGGUGAAGUAUGGCUUAAAAGACCUAGAGGAGGUUGUUGGACUGUUGAAGAAACUCGGCAUCAAGUUACAGGUCUUGAUCAAUUUGGGCUUGGUUUACAAGGUGCAGCAGCACAAUGGAAUCAUCUUCCAGUUUGUGGCGUUCAUCAAACGAAGGCAAAGGGCUGUACCUGAAAUCCUCGCAGCUGGAGGCAGAUAUGACCUGCUGAUUCCCCAGUUUAGAGGGCCACAAGCUCUGGGGCCAGUUCCCACUGCCAUUGGUGUCAGCAUAGCUAUAGACAAGAUAUCUGCUGCUGUCCUCAACAUGGAGGAACCUGUUACAAUAAGUUCUUGUGACCUCCUGGUUGUAAGUGUUGGCCAGAUGUCUAUGUCCAGGGCCAUCAACCUAACCCAGAAACUCUGGACAGCAGGCAUCACAGCAGAAAUCAUGUACGACUGGUCACAGUCCCAAGAGGAAUUACAAGAGUACUGCAGACAUCAUGAAAUCACCUAUGUGGCCCUUGUCUCGGAUAAAGAAGGAAGCCAUGUCAAGGAUCUGCAGUGAUGCUCCCUCCUUCAGACCUGAUAUGGGUAAUUUGUGUCCUCCCUCUUUUUUGUCUAAUCAGCCUGGCUAGAGAUUGAUCAAUUUUGUCUUUCCGAGGACCAGCUUUUGGUGUCAUUGAUUUUUCUCAGUUUUUAUUUGUUCAUGUGUUUUCUAUUUUAUUCAUCUCUACUCUUAUCCAUUACUAUUUUCUUCCUUCUGCUUAUUUUGGAUUUACUUUAUUCUUUUUUUGGUUUCUUCAGGUAGAAUUUUAGAUGAGGUAUUGACAAACUACACCUUGGACCAAAUUCAGCCCAUAGCCUGCUUUUAUAUAUCUGUGAACUAGAAAUUUUUACAUUCUUUUUUAAAAAACAACAACAAACAAAGGAGAAUGUGUGACUCAAACUAUGUAUGGCCCUCAAAGCUUAAAACAUUUCCUAUCUGGCCCUUUACAGAAAAAAAUUUGAAACUUUGUUAUUAUACAUGUUUAGGAUUUUAUAUCUUCUUGAUGAAUUGUCUUCAUCAUUAUAAAAUAUUCCUUAUCCCUGGUAAUAUUCCUUGUUCUGAAAUCUUUUGGUUAGUGUUUACAUCACUACCUUUCUCCAUCCUUUUAUUUUUAACCUGUCAUUUUUUUUUAAGAGAUAGGGUCUCAUCGUGUUGCCCAGGCUGGCCUUGAACUCCUGGGCUCAAGCGAUCUUCUCACCUCAGCCUCCCCCGGGAUACAGGCGUGUGCCACUGCACCUAGCUAACUUAUCUAUCUUUAUAUUUAAAGUGAGUUUCUUAUACACAGUCACUAGGUUGAGUUUUCCUUUUUUUUUUUUUGAGAUGGAUUCUUGCUCUGUCGCCCAGGCUGGAGUGCAGUGGCGCAAUCUCCACUCACUGCAACCUCCACCUCCCAGGUUCAAGCGAUUCUCCUACCUCAGCCUCCUGAGUAGCUGGGUUUAUAGGCACACACCACCACACCCAGCUAAUUUUUGUAUUUUUAGUAGAGACGGGGUUUCACCAUGUUGGUCAGUCUGAUCUCGAACUCCUGACAUCAUGAUCCAACCCGCCUCGGCCUCCCAAAGUGCUGGGAUUACAGGCGUGAGCCACCACGCCCAGCCUUUUUUUUUUUUUUUUUUUUUUUUGAGACAGGGUCUCACUCUGUCACCCAUGUUGGAGUGCAGUGGCGCGAUCUCAGCUCACUGGAACCUGUCUCCCAGGAUCAAGUGAUCCUCCCACCUCAGCCUCCCGAGUAGCUGGGACUACAGGCACGCACCACCAUGACUGGCUAAUUUUUGUAUUUUUAGUAGAGAUGAGGUCUUCCCCUGUUGCCUAGUCUGGUCUUGAAUCCCUGGGCUCAAGUGACCCGCCCACCUCAGCCUCCCAAAGUGCUGGGAUUACAGGUGUGAGCCACUGGGCCCACCCAGUAGCAACAUUUUCAUAUUUCAGAAGUAGGACAUCACUUCAUUUAUCCAUUCAGCCAACAUAUUUUAAGCAUUCACAAUGUCGAAGGGAUUGAACUUGGGGCCAUCAAACAUACAGAAACAUUUAAGCCAUAGCUCCUGCUGUCAAGGAUUCUGUAAUCUGGUAAGGAACAUGAGACAUUUGUGCAUGAUUAUGAGCUCAAAAAUGCUAAAUGCCAUGAGAGUCCUACAGAUAAAGUUCUCCAACGGUCCCUCAGGCUGGGAGAUUACAUAAGAGGCAGCAGUGAAGUCUUCAGGAAGGUGCUGGGAUUUAUCCUACCCUCAAGAAUUCGUAGGAUAUAGAUAGGUCCUGGAAGGGCCUUUUAAGAAGAGGGAACUACAAAGGUGAUGGUAGUUCUUUUAGUAGUUGUCCCAAAGAUAGAGGCAGGCCAGCAGAGAACCAUUCUGGUACAACCCUGAAUAGUCUAUUUUGGGUGACACAAAUGGAUCAGAAGCAGAAAAUGGUUAUAGCUACAUCAUGGAGAGCCCAAAUGCCAACCAAGGAAUCUGGUUUUUUUGUUUAGCAGUUAUUGGGGAGGCCCCGAAUGUUUUGAACAGAAGGAGACAUCAAAGUUGUGUUCGAGAAAAAUUAAUCUGCGGGGAUGUGUAGCAUGGAAUAGAGUGAGGGAGAAACUGAAGACAGUGAUAGCAGUAUAAAGAAUAUCAAACUAGCCUAGGUCAAGGUUGGGUGCUGGCCAGGGGAGUGAAGAUGAAGGGACAGAUGCCAUAAAAGUGGGAUGACAGGACUUGGGUUUAGGAAGGAGAGGGAGCAGUGGUAGAUAAAGCUGAGAUCUGAGAAACCUUGGUGGCUGACCAGAUUUAAAGGGGAAGAUGUUAAAGAAUCACAUGAAAUGAGAGCCCAUUCCUCUUGGCCUUUAAAAAAAAAAUUCUAUCAUCUGUGAUAAACUAGUCCAGACCAGGGUUUCUCAGCAGCAGCGCUGUUCACAUUUUGGGCCAAAUAAUUCUCUGUUGUAGGGGGCUGUCCUGUGUAUUAACAGCAUCUCUGACCGCUACCUACUACAUGCCAGUUGCACCAUCCAAAAAUGUCACCAGACAUUGCCAAAUGUCCCCUGGGGAACAAAAUUGACCCUGGUUAAGAACCACUGACCCAAACUAUUGAUUUAGUAGUCUUACUGUGGUGCUCUGAGCUACUCUUCUGGGUUCAGAAACCUCCAAAUGAUAGAUCU